AUGUACCCGGAUGGCAUUGCAGCCACUCUAAAGCUGCUAAAUACUCGUAAUAUAGCAGUGACAUUCCUGAUCUCUACCCUCAUACUCGCCAAUCCAAUCUCGACAUCAAAUCCACAACCUCAGCAUCUUUCUGCUCAAUUGAGACAAUCACCACACUCAUAUACCAAUAGUCCACCACUACCAAAUGCAAACUCGAAUCGUGAUCAACUCGUAUUGGGUGCACAACAACAACUACCACUACAAGAACCUGUAUUUUCAUGGCCAUCAAGUCCUAAUAAACCAACUGAAAUCACCACCAUUGCGGGUGUAGAUACUGAUACUCAUUCGUUUAUUGAUGUAAAGGGACGUACAAGGCUGUUUCGGGGUGUAAAUGUCGUAUACAAGGUUCACCCUUGGCAUCCAUUGACUGCAAACUGGGACCCACAAUUCUCAUUCAGUCAUGAGGACAUUCAACUCUUGUCGGAUCUCAACAUCAACGUCAUUCGUUUGGGAAUCCAAUGGCCUGGUGUAGAGCCGGUCCGUGGUGAAUACAAUCAAACCUACUUGGAUGUAAUCAAGGGUAUCAUUCAAGCUUGCUCCAACAAGGGUAUCUAUAUUCUAGCAGACUUCCAUCAAGACUCUUUAUCAGAAAAGUUCUGCGGUGAAGGACUGCCACUAUGGGCUGCAGACCCAUCCUAUAAAGAUACAGACAAGUCAGGCUUCCCAUUCCCACUCGAGAAUCGACCAUGGAAGACAGACGAGAAUGGCAUCCCAUCAACUGAAGAUUGUGCCAAACACAACUGGCCCGAUUAUCAAACGACAGUCUCUGGCUCACAAGCAUAUCAGAAUCUCUAUGAUGACAAGGACGGUAUACGAACAGCUUUUGGUCUCUUUUGGCGAAAAGUAGCCUCGGAACUAUUAGAAUUCGACAACAUACUAGGAUAUGAUCUCAUAAACGAACCAUUUGCCGGUGCUAUAUACAAGAAUCCAGCUUUAUUAGUACCCGGUGCAGCAGACCGUAUAAAUCUGCAACCAUUCUACAACUCUAUAAGUGAUGCCAUCCGUACCGUCGACGAUAAGGGAAUAAUCUUUUUCGAGUCAGUCACUUGGGAUAAUGUCCGUGUAGGGUUUAGCGAUGUGCCUGGUGGAGAAGCAUAUCGUAACCGUACUGCACUCUCAUAUCACCAUUACUAUCCAGUACCAAACCUCCAGAAACUUGAACCGACUAUCCGGGAACGACUGAGGGAUGUAGAUCGUUUAAAGACUGGAAUGAUGUUGACCGAGUUUGAUAUCGCUUAUACGAAUAAUGGUGUUGAACGAGUUGAUACGCUCGUGGAAGCAUUGGAUGUGGCAGACAAGUAUUUCCAGUCAUGGACUGGUUGGGAGCUCAAGCCUUUCUAUCCUAUGACCGGAUUUGGCGACUCUCUUAUUGACCCUGUAACAGGUGAGAUUCGAUGGCCGAUGGUACGAGUAUAUUCUCGUACUUUUGCUCAUGCUGUGGCUGGUAAACUGGUCUUGCACAAAUUUGACAUGAAGACUGCCAAGUUUGAGCUCAAGUAUGAGAUUACUGCUCUUGAUGCUAGUACUGAAAUUCGUCUUGAAAAGAGAGUACAUUAUCCAAAUGGCUAUGCAGUCCGCGUCUCUCCUGCUUCAAAGGCUACUUGGUCUGUUAGGCCUGGAAACUACAAUUUGAUUGAAGUCAAGCACACACCUCGUGCUCAAGUUGGAGAUACCAUUGAGGUGGCGAUUGUUGCUCUUUGA